AUGGAGAAAGUCUUACCUCGAUCAAGGCCGGCUUCGUCGUUGGCGUCUCGCUGGCCCGGAGGGUGGAGGAGGAAGCGCGGUGUGACGGGCGUGUUCUGCGCCGCAGCGAGACGCAGGGAGACGAGGAAGAGGGCAAGGAUGGUAUUGAAUACCUACUUACCAGACAGCACUGGUCAUGGGCAGACUAAAAGGGUCCUCCUCAGCUGCAGGAACCUGUGUGCGCGCGCGUUGGUUGAAAGGGUCGAUCUGACGUUGAGGGGCGCGGCGUGGCUGAUGAACCGGGCACUGUUGGACCCCUAG